AUGCAUGAAAUUGUCACACUUCAGCUUGGCCAGCGGGCUAACUAUCUAGCCACACACUUUUGGAAUCUGCAGGAAUCAUACUUUACAUACAACGAUGGAGAACAGUCUGAUGUUGAUCACGACGUUCACUUUCGACCGGGUGUUGGAGCAGAUGGCUCUGAGACUUAUACUCCACGCACAGUAAUCUAUGAUCUGAAGGGCGGAUUUGGAACAUUACGCAGAUACAAUGCACUUUACGAGCUCAGUGAAGACUCCACAGCUGGCCAAGGAUUAUGGGAUGGACGGGAGAUAGUCCAAAAGCAAACUCCAAUCCAACAAAGUGAAUAUCAGAAAAGCUUGGACCUGGGAACUACAGCCCCUCGCCUGACCUCAGAGUCUGUACGCUACUGGUCAGACUACAACAGAGUGUACUAUCAUCCGAGGUCCAUUGUUCAGCUAAAUGAAUAUGACUUAAACUCCCAGACCAUGCCAUUUGAGGAUUGGAAUGUCGGGGAAGAGUUAUUCAAAGAUCUUGAUAAGGAGUAUGACCUGCUUGACCGUGACCUGAGACCUCUCCUUGAAGAAUGUGACCAUUUGCGGGCGCUACAACUGUUCUCCGGGUCAGAUGAUGCCUGGGGCGGAUUCGCUGCCCAGUAUAUGGAAAGACUAAGGGAUGAAUUCGGCAAGAAAAGUAUUUGGAUGUGGGCUAUUGAAGACGGCACCCGGACCCAACGGCAUCACCAGUUCAAAAAGGAUACGAACAAGGCCAGGUCACUCUGCUCGAUCUCCCCACUGGCCUCGCUCUAUUCUCCAAUUAUCGACGUUCCGCAUAACCUGCCCGGCUACCUCAAUGUUGAUCGCCAAUCAGAAUGGCAGAAAACAGCCUUGCUGGCCUCGGCUAUUGAGACGGUCACACUGCCUUCCCGAUUGCGGCCAUAUCAGCAUUUUGAGGCCUCCCUCGCUGGGGAAGAUGGCACGCACACCAUCUUCGAAUUGCAAUCUUCUAUCAAUAAAAUCAAAAUCACUGACGGUCAAACCAAGGAAGCCCCCAAUGAGGAUGAGCCGACGAAAGCUGAAAUUGAAUUUGACAUUGACUUCACCUAUGACGGCGAGCACAGCAAGGGCGCUCACAUCUUCAAUCAAGUCCAAGUAACCCGUGGAGAAGAACCGGAAAGGGACAGUGAGUCCACCGAGGACACAGACAUUGGGUACCUUCGCAAACUUAGACGGUACAACUCAGAGUCGAUGCUGCAAAGUUUCCACACGCCACUCAGCAUGCCCAUUCUUGACAGUUUCCCGCACGACAUGUUCCCCACACCCGAGGCAGGUACUGGAGUAAAUGUGUUUACCGCAUUGACCGCCUCGACAAGGACAGCUCAGAGGAUCAAGGCUAUCUCGGCAACUGUCGGACGUUUGGUCUCAGUCGAUGAGCGUGAGGCCAUGGUAAAUGGACUUGGCGAGAUUCGAGAGUACUACGAGACGGGGUGGAGUAGCGGCUCGGACGAUGAGGACGACUAGACUAAAAACAUAUGUUGAUAUCAUCGCAAUCUAAAAAUGACAG